AAAGCGCCAGCGCUGUGAGAGCCAGGCUGCCCUGCGCUGGAAACGCGCACGCAGCACCGACCAGCACCGCGCGCCGCAAAGCUUCGUCGUCGCUCCACUCGUUCCCCCUGUCACCUCAUAAAGCUCCGGCCGGACGAUGAUGGAAGAAAAACCCCCUGAUGCUGUGGAGCCGCGCCCGACGCUCUCCGUGACGCUGCCGGCGGCGCCGUCCAUGAAGCGGGCCGGCGGCGCGGCGGCAUUACUGCACGGCCUCCACCUCCUGCUGUGCGUGUUCAGCAACGCCGUGUACGUGUCGAACGAGCCCGGCGACGACGUGCUCUACCCCGGCCAGGGCUACGUUUUCUCUAUUACUGAUAAAGGAAAGCCAAACGUGAUGCAGCGCCAGGGCAGUUUUGUGGUCACGAUCCAGGCGGCCCUUUUGUUCGGCUUCGUCGUCUCGCUGCACGCGCUGAUGCUCGAGUACCUCGGAGCGGCUAGAGAAGCAGCAGAACCGUCGCAAGCCACGACGCUCGGCCUGCACGCGGUCAUGGUGUCGCUCUACUACUUCGCGCAGAACGACAUCUGGAACGCCAUCGACACGAGCGACAUCAAGUUCUCGAUGCUCGGCUUCACGGUCUUCUUCAACUUCCUGCUGGCGCUGGCUAUUACCGGCGCUUUACUACAGUCGCUCGCGCGCGGGGCGCAGGAGACGGCCGAGGGCGCCCAGGUCUGACCGGGUCGUGGUACCCGGCGAUUAAGAUUCUUGUCAUUC